AUGUCCAAUGUCAGUGGGGCAGGCAAGAUGCUGCUUAAAGCACUCACCCACGCCAUUGCCUCCGUCUUGGACCCUGCCUGCAUCUGCUUGGCCCUCAUCCUACACGAUGAUGAGGUGACUGUCACAAAGAAGAUCAAUGCCUUCAUUAAAGCAGCCGGCGUAAAUGCCGAACCUUUCGGGCUGGGUUUGUUUGCAAAGGCCCUGGUCAAUGUCAACAUGGAGAGCCUCAUCUGCAACGUAGGGGCUGGUGGACCUGCACCAGCAGGAGGUCCCGCUCCCGUACCAGCUGAGGAGUAGAAAGCGGAAGCAAAGAAAGAAGAAUCAAAGGAGUCUGAGGAUGACAUCAGUUUUGGUCUUUUUGACUAA